AUGUCGGGGAACGCUGAAAUACAGGAGGUGGCCGGAAUCAUUAACUUGGUAUUGACUGAGCUCCUGGUUUCUCUGAGGCUCUUAGAUUUGAGUUUACGCCGUCAUCUGCUUUCACAACUCGCUGACCACCUGAAGAGCGAAGAGUUCCAGUUUAAUACGCCAGCACAGAAGAGAAUAUUGGAAAAAGCCGUGGAAUUUUCUAGAAGGCUGUUCUGGAUAUUGCUUUGUAGCUGCAGUUCUGAUGUUCUUGUACACGUCGUGGUUGUGCCGGCUUUGCAUAAUUUCCAAACUCUACCUCUAAAGAUGGAUCUCGUGUUCUUAGACGUUGAUAAAGAAUCGUAUUUCAAUUAUUUAUGCGCUUAUCAGAUAUUGUAUAAACCUAUGAUGCUGGCUACAUUCGCAGCGCUCCAAACAUUACCCUGGGCCAUCAUGACUUGCGCAAUAAGCCAAUUGGACGUUUUAAUUUAUAACUUAGAGAAUAUAAGGGACCUUGUUAAGACCACUGUAACUGAAAAACAGUGCACUGAAAAUGAAGCGUUCAGAGAAGUUUUCAAAGGCUGCGUUCUCCACCACUGCUCCAUAAUAAGGGUCUGGCGAGAGGGAGUGUCAGACUCUCCUGCUUCAGGCCGCAGCCUCAGUAACUUUCCCGCUCGCCCCGGAAGCACGGCUCAUGUUACAGAUAUACAGUACGGCCGACGUAUCUUGGCGAAUCUGAAGUUAGCUGUUUGUCUGCGCAAUGGAUCUUUUAGGAACAAAAUUGUGUACUGCGCAGCUAAUCGGCUAACUUCAGACUCGCCAAGAUAA